AGACGUGGCACCGGGAACUCGGAGGCGGGGAGUGGCUGGGAAGUGGCCGUGGCGGUUGCACCCGACUGGGCGGGCGGGCGCGGGAGCCCGAGUGGAGACCGGAGCCGGCCGUGCGCGGCGGCGGCGGGGAUGGCGCGAGCCGGGCGGGCGUGGCUGCUGCUGCUGCUGGGCAUCUGGGUGGUCCUGCCAAUGUGGCUGUGCUCCACAAAGGUCUCCUCACUCAUCGAGAGAAUCUCUGACCCCAAGGACUUGAAAAAACUUCUCAGGACCCGGAAUAAUGUACUGGUGCUUUACUCCAAAUCUGAGGCCGCAGCUGAAAGUCAUCUCAGGUUAUUGUCCACUGUGGCCCAGGCGGUGAAAGGACAAGGCACCAUCUGCUGGGUAGACUGUGGUGACGCAGAGAGUAGAAAAUUGUGCAAGAAGAUGAAAGUUGACCUGAGCCCAAAGGACAAAAAGGUCGAAUUAUUCCAUUACCAGGAUGGUGCGUUUCAUACUGAAUAUAACCGAGCUGUGACAUUUAAGUCCUUAGUGGCAUUUCUGAAGGAUCCAAAGGGGCCCCCACUAUGGGAGGAAGAUCCUGGAGCCAAAGAUGUUGUUCACAUUGACAGUGAAAAGGACUUCAGACGCCUCCUGAAGAAGGAAGAGAAGCCGCUGCUGAUGAUGUUCUAUGCCCCCUGGUGCAGCAUGUGCAAGAGGAUGAUGCCACAUUUCCAGAAGGCUGCAACCCAGAUGCGAGGCCACUCUGUGCUCGCCGGGAUGAACAUCUACCCCUCAGAAUUUGAAAACAUCAAGGAGGAAUACAACGUGCGUGGCUACCCCACCAUCUGCUAUUUCGAGAAAGGACGGUUUCUGUUCCAAUAUGAUAACUAUGGGUCCACAGCCGAGGACAUUGUGGAGUGGCUGAAGAAUCCGCAGCCGCCACAGCCCCAGGUCCCCGAGACUCCCUGGGCAGAUGAGGGCGGCUCCGUUUAUCACCUGACCGAUGAAGACUUUGACCAGUUUGUGAAGGAACACUCCUCUGUCCUCGUCAUGUUCCACGCCCCAUGGUGUGGACACUGUAAGAAAAUGAAGCCAGAGUUUGAGAAUGCAGCAGAAGUCCUCCACGGAGAAGCAGACAGCUCUGGUGUCCUUGCAGCUGUCGAUGCUACUGUCAACAAGGCCCUGGCAGAAAGAUUCCACAUCUCUGAGUUUCCUACACUGAAGUACUUUAAGAAUGGAGAGAAAUACGCAGCACCCAUGCUCAGAACAAAGAAGAAGAUUAUUGAGUGGAUGCAAAACCCUGAGGCCCCUCCACCCCCUGAGCCCACCUGGGAAGAGCAGCAGACCAGCGUGUUGCAUCUGGCAGGAGACAACUUCCGGGAGACCCUGAAGAAGAAGAAACACACCUUGGUCAUGUUCUAUGCUCCUUGGUGCCCACACUGUAAGAAAGUCAUCCCGCAGUUUACUGCCACUGCUGACGUCUUCAAAGAUGACCGGAAGAUUGCCUGUGCUGCUGUUGACUGUGUCAAAGAUAAGAACCAGGACCUGUGUCAGCAAGAGGCCAUCAAAGGCUACCCCACUUUCCAUUACUACCACUAUGGGAAGUUUGCAGAAAAGUAUGACAGCGAUCGGACGGAACUGGGAUUUACCAACUUUAUUCGAACCCUCCGGGAGGGAGACCAUGAGAGACAAGGGAAGAAGAAGGAAGAGUUGUAAUUUCUGCCUCAGAGAAAGCUUUUCCAUUACACUGUGAAUGAUCCCUGUUUUGUUGUUCUUUCUGAAUUUCCAUGUUCUGAAGACAGAGUUUUUUAUAGCCAGUUAUGGCCAUUUUGUACAAUUUUGAAAUAAAAUUAAACCAAUUGUUUGGUGGUGUGGGUUAUUUC